GUUGUUCACUUACUGAUCAGCUAAACCCAACGACCGUCCUUGAAAUCUCACCUAUAAAGUACUUGCCUCCUCACACAACACGAAAGAAUAUCCUCUCGAACAAAAUAUGUGAAAGCCUUCUCAAGGUAAACCACAAAAAUAAAAUUUCAAUUGGGACGAAAAGAGAAGUGAAAAUGACGGAAGCGACGAAUACCAAGAUGAUGGAUACGGAGCCGGGUGGAGAACAGACACAGUGAGUUAUUUCGUACUGUGUUUUGAUGAUAGGGAUGAGGAUAGAGUGUUGACGAGCAAUAUUGUAGGUAUGAAGGACAACAGACCACAAAGCUUCCUGGACAUAUUAAGCAUACGGGACAGUUCAAUAGUAGGUCCCCCCUCCUUCUUGUGGUCUUUGAUGCACAAGGCAUGUUUUGUUCUUGUCGAUGUCCGCUCGACGUUUUCCGUGCGGCUUUUGUGUAAAGAACUCAAAUAUGAAAUUCCUGAGUCUUCCAGCUUUGGAAUCUCAAAAGUUCCCAGCCUGCCAAUUUAUCAAGUCAAGGGGAUCAUGCGAAAAUCAGUUAAACACAUCGAAUACUGACAAGAAUUCAAAAUAGCCACACAUAGAACCACAGAAAAAGAUGACGCCUUCGAGACUCUGAAGAAACAACGAGGAGAGAAAACCGCGGAAAGCAUACGCUUUGGACAAGCAAUCAGUCAACAAGGAUUUGGAGGUAAGAUAGUUGGAAACCUAGAAAGUGCGGAGAAGGCUUCUACGUAUGGUGGGGUGAAAGAUGAUGGAAAUGCAGAGAAGGAUACGCAACAGACGAGAAAAGAGAUGGGUUAUGGUGGUGGUAAUGAGGUUGGUGGAUAA